AUCAACCUUAAUUUUAUUGUUCCUUGAAUUUCAAUCCUUUUCAUUUAUCGAAAUUAGUUUCUUUUCUAGAAAAAGAAAUAUUUAGAGCGCUGGAUAGUAAAUGGUAACCCUUGCAACGUUAAGAACUUCUAAAACCCAAUUGAAGGAAGGAAAAUAGUUUUCAUUUUAAAAAAUUGGAAAAAAAGAAAAAAGAAAAAAGAAAAAAGAAACAGAGGUGAUUUUAUAAGUGAAUAGUUGCAAGUUGCCCUGCUCCAUGUGAUCUGUUUUUAUAAGCACAGGGUGGACUAAAACAUGGACAUAAAAGCAGAACUCUACAUGCAUAUCUCCACCCAAAAUAUUAACCAAGACAGAAGAAAAUUAAAGAAAUGAAGAAGUGUGAGCUAUGCAACUCUUUAGCAAAAAUGUACUGCGAGUCAGAUCAAGCAAGUCUUUGUUGGGAUUGUGAUGCCAGAGUUCAUGCAGCAAAUUUUCUUGUUGCUAAACAUUCAAGAACCCUUCUUUGCCAUCUUUGUCAAUCUUUCACUCCAUGGACUGCCUCUGGACCUAGGCUCAGACCUACUGUUUCAAUCUGUGAUAACUGUGUAAAGGACUCAACUUGCAGACCAGAGAGGCGCAAUAAAGAUGACCGUAACCAUGAUGACGACGACGACGACGAUGAUGAUGACGAUGACGAUGGUGAUGAUGAUACUGGUGAUUCUGAAGAUGAUGAAAGUGGUGAUGGAGGUGACGAAGAUGAUGAAGAAAAUCAAGUGGUUCCGUGGUCUUCUACUUCAGCUCCUCCACCGGCUUCCACUUCUUCUAAUAGUGAUCAAGAAAGCUCUUGUAGGAGUGACGGAGGUGUUUCUCAAUCCAGAAUCGCGUUUUCUUUGAAGCGCACGAGAGAAUCUGCUCAUGAUCAUCUAUACUACUUGUUAUCCCAAGAUAAUUCAAAUGCGUUCGUGUCAAAUGAAUCAGCAUUUGUUGGUACAUCCUCAAUGAUCUCAAGGCCGUUGAAAGACCCGAAAAGAAGCAUGAGAGAGUCUCAAAAGGGGUUGCAGAAAGCUAAAAUUCCUGAAAUUAGCAAGUCUGCCAUAAUAUUUGAAAUCUGCAAACUAAAACAACGAACCUGGAGUUGUUAGUGAAAUUUUUAGUGAAUAUUUGUAGCCCCAGGUAAUUAUUUUCUCUAAUUCAAAGUAAUUUGUAACUUUAAUCUGAGGAUGAUCUGUGUUACUUUCUUUAACCAUUGAUCCGCUUUUAAUAGUUUGUUUCUGUUGUUGUAAAUGUAUAUAUAGUUGUUCUGGUAAUCAACAUAAAAGACAAUUUGUUCUGCAGUAGAUGCAAAUGGCCUUUUAAAUUGCAUCUUCUUGGCAGUGACAGUUUCCUAUCCUA